ACACUGUCAAAUUCAACACUAAUCAGUACAAGACCGCAGCGAUGAGGGAGAGACAGAAGAAAAAGAAGGGGAGGACAUGGGCAGAAGCUGCUAAAACGGUAUUGGAAAAGUACCCGAACACACCCAUGAGCCACAAAGAGAUCCUACAGGUGAUCCAGAGGGAGAGACUGAAAGAGAUCAGAAGUGGUACUUCCCCGCUGGCAUGUCUUAAUGCUAUGCUCCACACCAACUCUCGCAGUGAAGAAGGGAUCUUUUACAAAGUACCUGGACGAAUGGGGGUCUACACACUGAAGAAGGACAUUGGGGACGUGGUGAAGGAACUGUCUGAGGAGGGGUCGGAUGUGAAUGAGCUGUCUGAGGGGUCAGAGGAGCUGUCUGAGGAGGGGUCGGAGGUGAAGGAGCUGUCUGAGGAGGGGUCGGAGGAGGGCGGUAGUGAUAAUCUGUCUGAUUCCCAGAGAAGCACAGAGAACAACAACUACAACGCUAACAACCAGGAGGGCAGGAGGGGACGGUGGAGGAGGAGAGGGCCUUCCAAGCUGCCGCCCGAUCCGUUGUCUCCUCAGCCACGCUGUUCAUCUCCCUCUGUCCCCAGCAGCAAGCUCAUCUCUCCUUCACAGAAACACUGCAAGAAGGCCCUCAAACAGGCCCUGAAGCAGCAGCAGCAGAGGAACCAGCGGAGACAAGGGGGCAUGCCCACAACCUCCAGCCCUAGACUACUGCUUAAGACUGACACCAUUGCCACUAAGUCCGACUCCUGUCCUGCUGCUGGUACCAGGAAGAUGUCCCAGAGGUCCAGUCGACUCAGUGCACGGCAACUGAAGCGUACCAAGUGUGCAGAGAUAGACGUUGAGACACCAGACUCUAUCCUGGUUAACACCAAUCUGCGUGCCCUGAUCAACAAACACACCUUCUCUGUUCUGCCCACAGAGUGCCAAGAGAGGCUACUGACGCUACUGCCUGAGGUCGACCAACAGGCCUGUAUGGAUGGUCUGUUGAAGGUAACCAGUUCUGCCUUAAACAAUGAGUUUUUCACAUCAGCAGCUCAGUCCUGGAAGGAACGACUGGCGGAAGGUGAGUUCACUCCUGAGUUGCAGCUGAGAAUGCGUCAGGAGAUUGAGAAGGGGAAGAAGGUGGAGCAUUGGAAGGAGAGCUUCUUUGAGAACUACUAUGGUGAAAACUCUGGACUCAGCUUAGAGGAAUCCAAAGAGCUGCUUGAGUCUGGUCUCAGUUUGGAGCUCUCAGCCACCAAAGCCCAGUCAUCUCCUCCAUCACAGCCACGUCCUGCUGGCCAAGUACUGCAAGACGCCAAGAUCCCAUCGAACAGCUGCCAGACUCGCUCUUCAGAGAGGAGGCUCCGAUCAUCAUCACUGCCCAUAAACCCGACAUGUAAACCCAUAGAACCUACCAAGUUAAGGCCAGAGCCUGUUCAAGAGGAAACAGUAGCAGUCCCACCCGUUGUACUACCAGUGCUGCCAGCAAAGAUUGUUCAGAAGACACUGGAGGUUGAGUACCCCAGACACAGGACUCGUAGUAGAGGUUUAUCCCUACCUAUAGUGGCAGUGGAGGCAGCUCUUGUGCGGAGACAUGAUGUGGUGGAUUCAACCUCAACGGUUACUCCACUUGGAGAGAAGCAGAAGGAGGAAGAUGAGGAGCAGGAUUUGAAAGAAGCCCAGCCAGACACCCCCCAGUACCCUGAGAUCCCCCCGUCCCCUGAGAUCCCCCCGUCCCCUGAGAUCCCCCCGUCCCCUGAUAUCCCCCCAUCCCCUGAGAUCCCCCCGUACCCUGAGAUCCCCCCGUACCCUGAGAUCCCACCAUCCCCUGAGAUCCCACCAUCCCCUGAGAUCCCACCAUCCCCUGAGAUCCCCCCGUACCCUGAGAUCCCCCCGUCCCCUGAGAUCCACCCGUACCCUGAGAUCCCCCCGUACCCUGAGAUCCCACCAUCCCCUGAGAUCCCCCCGUCCCCUGAGAUCCCCCCGUACCCUGAGAUCCCCCCGUACCCUGAGAUCCCCCCAUCCCCUGCCCAGGAGAGUCAUCCAGAGGUCUGCCCUCAGAUUAAGCUCAGUUCAUCACUGCCCAUCGACCUUCCAGAGCCUCUGGGCGUGGACAAGCAUAGUGGGGAGAGGAGGGAAGAUGUUGACGUUACACCAGAGAGAGGAGCCUCUGCCCCUGUGUCAGUCACCGCUGUAUCCGCCCCUGUAUCCACCCCUGGAACCACACCUGUACCCAUCACCCCUUCCCCGGAGCCGUUGAAAAGGAAGUCCUCGUCCAGUGAACAGGAAGUAGAGCUGACUCCAGAGAAGAGGGCCCGCAUCACUCCACCAGCAGUAUCUGUGGUAACCUCUCCAGCAGCCACAGUAACAACAGCACAGAGAGUGCCUCCGCUUCAGAUUACUGUGUCGCAAAUCCUAUCAGUCCCAGUCCUUGCGUCUCCAACCCAGGUGUCCCCUAGGACGCCUCUCCCUGUCUCCCUCAGUCCCAGUCCUAGCCCUGGUCCUAGCCCUGGACGCAUUGGUGCUCGCACUCUGGCUGACAUCAAGGCUAAAGCCCAGCUAGCCCGGACCCAACGUGCAGCAGCAGCUGCAGCGAGCUCCUUCUCUAAAGGUGCAGUACCAGGCCCUGGACCAGGAGGAGGCAGUGGAAAGCAAGGAAACCAUAGGGCUUCAGGCCAGACCCUCCACUCCAGACCCCCCUCCUCCACCCAAAGCUCCACCCAAUCUCAGUCAACCACCAAGCUGCCAGCAAGCAGCACCAUUGGUCAAUCUACCUGUCAAUCACCCGAUGCAGUCACCACACCAGCCCACUCCAGUUCUGUCCAAUCAGGCUCCUCUGUGCCCUUUGACCUUAGCCUGUCUCAAAGAUGCUCCAACACCAGCAGAGCGUCUCUCACUGAUGACCGACAGAGAGGCUACUUUGCUGGUAACAUGAGCCCAGGUUUUCUGAUGAGACCUCAACAUGGGAACACUCAACUUAUAUCACACCCAUCAGGUCCCCAGUCAACCUCUAGCCUCACUUUAUCUGUGUGUAAUGUGAAGAGCCAGUAUGCAUCUGGAGGCUCCAUGGCAGCCAGGGCUAGCCACUUCAUCCCAGCCAACAACCCCCUGGUCACGUCUCUCCUCCAGGGGAAAGAGGUCCCUCUGGAACAGAUCCUCCCCAAGCCGCUGGACAAGGCAGAGGUCCAGCUGACCCAGGCCAAACCCUCCCAUGAUGACAAAUGGAAGAUAAAGUCCCACAGCACAGCCGGGACAGCCAGUGGUGAAUGCCAGAGUCAGUACCUACACUCUGGUGGUGUGGAGGACAACAGUAGAUCCAAACAGCAAGGAUCUAUAGGCCCCUCCCCCUCCACCAUACCUGGAACAAGAGCAGGUAAGUUGGCAGAGCUCCAGCACCAUCAAAGGGAAACACCUAACAAAGACAUCCAGGAGCAGAUCCUCAGGGCUCUGAUGCAGAGGGCCACCCAGCAGCACCAGAACCAGCCGUAUGGGGUCUCAGGCGAGGCUCAGCGUGCCCAGUUUGGAGCCUGCAAUCUAGGGCACCAGGAGGAGUGUGGGGACCAUCCCCGGUUCUCCGCUGGGUUCCCUGGAAGGAAGAGGAUGUCCAGGCCUGCCAUGUCAGGGCACUAUCUCCUCAAUGUUUCCACGUACGGGCGAGGCUCAGAGAGCAGUAAACGCUCCCACCCAUUGGCUACUGCCAACACCUCACUGACCCCUCUGGCCAAUCUGAAGAGAGAACACACAGAGGGAGAGGAGCUGGCUAACGAUGGGGAGGAGUCCGUGGAGAAUAAGACUCAUUCUCAUUCUAACUCAGCUGGAGGAGUCAAGAUGGAACAGCAGGGCUUCUCAAUCACAAAAAUGGGUGAAGCGCUGGGCUUUCAGCGCUGUUCCAGGAUAAAGUCUGAGUCUCCAUCAGUGGAGGGCUGUCUACCGGAACGGAACGACAACAGUUUAGCCAGUACAGAGAGAGACAGUGGCACUUCUGCAAGAGCCAAAGAAACCAACCUUUUCACCCAAUCACAGCACAGGAGGCACCUGGAACUUUGCAAUAGUAAACAGGGUGGUCCUUCUGAGCCAUAUCGGGUAUCUGUAUCUCCCCACAUGGGGACCGUGGACCCCAGUCACACCAGUACUUACCAGCAUCCGUCUGCCUUUCAAACCCAGAGACCUCCAAUCAAUAAUCAGGAAUCCAUGGUGGGGUCCUGCUACAGUGGCACCAUCAGCAUGUCUGUACCUCACACUCUGAGUCUGAACCACAGUGCUGCUGUUUCAGGUAGCGCUUCCAGCACCUCCCUCUCUGUGUCAGGUAGUGGUGGGGACAGUGGCAGUGGCACCGGCAGUGUCAUGUCUUUCUCAGUGACCGUCACUACCAUACCUGCCGGUCACCCUUUGGACCACAUAAACCAGGGGGAGGGGUCUCCAGAGCAGGGGUGUAUGGAGGGAUCUGGUAUAGAGGACGUUCAGUCGAAAUGCUACUGCCGACUCAAAGCUAUGAUCAUGUGUAAAGGGUGUGGGGCCUUCUGCCAUGACGAUUGCAUUGGCCCUUCGAAACUCUGUGUCUCAUGUCUAGUGGUACGAUAAAACGAAUGUUAGAAAUGUAGAAAUGAUUUGUUUCAAAUCUUUAUUGUUGCACCAAGGAACAAGUCAGCAUCAGGUAAUCUACCAUUGUCAAGAAGUAGUUACCAGCAGGGUUGGGGUCAAUUCGAUUUCAGUUCAGGAAGUAAACUGAUUUGAUUUCCGAUUCUAAUUUUCUCACAGAAAAAAGGGGGAAUUGCAAAGUCAGUUUAUUUCUUGAAUUGAUUCAAUUGAAGUGGAAUUGACCCGAACCAUGGUUACCAGGGUAAAAUGCACAGUGGCCAUACUAAACCCAACCCAUGGUUUUCAGUGGGGAGGCAAAGCAUUUACGCUAGAAGAUCAUAGUCUUGUUUAAUCUGUUCCAUCUGAGAAAGACUGGUUUGUUUUGGGCAAUUCACAGUAGUAGUUUUGUUUUGAACAGUUCAAAUCAAAUCUGCACCUUUCAGACUUGAGACAUGUUGAAUCUUGGCAAUACUUUGCACUUGGACAUGUUAUUGUUCUAUAUUUUUGUAAAGAUAGUUUAGAUUUUUAAAAGGAAAGAAAAAAAUGAAUGUUGCUAUUUUUGUAGAACGUAAUAACACUGUUGUUAUGUUAAAGACUGCCACUCCUUCUUGUGGAGUUUAUGUUAUGAUGUUUUAAAAGGUGAAGAAGGGAGUUCAAUGGGGUUUGCGUGUAGGUGAGGGAGUACAAAUAUACUGAUUUAUAUCGAUUUUAAAGGUUGCAAUCAAUCAUUUACAUAUUUACAGUACUAGAAACAGUCUUACAGAUAUAUAACAAGAGAAUAGAUAUUUGAAAUUAUUAUUUUGAUUAUAAAAAAUAUGUCACAAUUAUUGCACUUAGCUUUUCUAAGAACUAACACUUACUGGGCAAAGGACUUGAAUGACAGCUCUACUGUGUGUAUACUGUACACUAUACAUGUAGUGUACACUGUACAUGUAGUGCACACUAUACAAGUAGUGUACAGCCUUCGUACUCUUAACAUGGUGUUGAAAAGUUAAAGCACUUCACUGAUAAAUAGUGCCCUUCGAGGAGCAAGCUGAGUAGCCUGGUUCCAGAUCUGUUUGUAAUUGUUUUAUAACUGUGGCCAUAGGAGUUGUCAAUACAGUACUAACAGAUCUGCGGCAAGGCUACUAACCAAGAUCUUUCCCAUUUCAGUCUAAGGUCAUUGGUGAAGUUUUACUGACACCGUGAACCUUCAUUGAACCUCGACUGAAAGAUAUUCUGUCUCAUUAUUUUUCAUACGUGGAUGCUUGUUUGUGGAUAGCAACGUAACCAUUAGCCCUGAUGUACAGAUAAAACACUCAGAGAAAGAAGGGAGUAAAAUGUAUUAUUCUGUUGCUUUUUAAAUAUUGUCUUUAAGCUAUAUUUAGAAAUGAAUUCUCUAUCUAAGCUUUAUGUACGUUGCUUAAGCAUAUCCAACAUUAUAUCCAAUGGUAUAUGUUUUUAUUGCAAAACAGUUUAUAUCUCUAAAAGAAACUACGCAAAAAAUGUGUAUUUAAACGCUAAAUGCUGUACUAUCAAGAAACCAUUCCAAGUAUAGGUGAUAGAGAGGUACAGUUUACUACAUAUAAAGCAAAGGCACAUAAUAUUGGUAUGCAUGGUGAUUGCAAUUAUAAAAUCUAAAUGUAUCAAUCCUAUUUUUGAAUGAUCUGACUAAAACUAAAGAUAGUUGCUGAGUACCGGUAUAUUUUAUAGAAAUCAUUUCCAUGGUAACAUGCCAAAGUCACCUCAUGAAAACUAAAAGAUCAGAUCUCGGUUUUUAAAAAUGUCUGACUAGUUAAAGAAAUUAAUAUAUUUUAAGUCAUAUAUUUUAAUAUAAAAAACCUAUUUACAAAUCUUUUUAUUUUUAUUUUUUAAGAACAGGGUAUUUUUUAAAAACAUUUUUGUUUGAGUGGGACAGACCAAUUACUUUUGUAACAAAAAAAAUCCCCAGGUUUUCUGAUUCUGUAUGUCCUUUUCCACUGAAGUCCUGCCUGGAAUAAUUUAUCCCUCUGAACUGAAUGCUCUUGUAAUGACUUUGGUUAAUAAGGAUCUUUGUUUUAUGUCUUACACAUAUUUUCUGCGUUAACUAUGUGCUUUAUUUAGGGGAAAAUGAAUGCCUGUAAAUUAACAAUACAAUUUCAUGGCACCGUUUGUAAGUGGUCGGUGGAUUGGAUCCAGGCCCUGUGUGUGCGUGUGUGUCACAUGAUUCUCAAAAGGUUCGAAGUCUACGUCCCAAAUAGCACCCUAUUCCUUUAUAAUGUUGGGAAUAGUGCGCCAAUUGGGAAGCAACCAAAUGGUUCAUAAAUGGAGGGUUCAUAUUUUGUAAGGAUAUAAAAGAUACCUUAUAUUUAUGAUUUCCCCUCUAUUGUUGCAAACUUUUAAUGAAGUUUAGUAUUGAGUAAAAAUGGUUUUAAAAACAACAAAAGUUCUGUUGACUGACUUGUGAUGGUGACUGGAUUGCAAAGAGAAAGUUGUUUUUACCUACAGUACAUUUUGUAAACAGGCAGCUAAUGUCUUUAUUGAUGAAUAAUUGGUUUAGUAGCCUACUCAACUUUGUCCUUUUUCUCAAACCUUGAUUGACUUUUUUUUUAAAGCAAUUGAUAGCCUAAAUUCAGAGGGAUAUAUUAAUUAGAUUAAUUUUGAAACCUAAGGACAAAGAAUAAAGGUUGAGGAUAGAUUUGGAGGAAAAGGGUUUUCUAAGUGUCAUCGGGCAAUCAAUAAUGGUUUGAAAAUAUCUGUUUGUCUUGUGAAGGGUGCAGUCCCCUCAGUCUGUCAUUUUGGCUGUUUUUACAUUUUAAACUCUCCAUUUCAAAAUGCAGGUGAAUGUAAUAUAGUAAUCAGCACUUGUCAACAAAGAAUAAAUAACAAUGAGAAAACA